AAGUUAUUAAUUUUUGCGAGGUCGUAUCUAUACUAUAAUCUGAAGAGAAAGCGACAGGGAAAGAUAAGCCAUUGAGAAGCUGCUUGCUCUUCUAUUCCCAUUCUUAUCUUUACUAUUUUGGUCCUUAUUUCUAUGAUCUUCUAUCUCAGUGUUUCAAGCUAGUUCUCUUCUUUGCCCUGCUUCUUUUUAUGAGGAGAUUUCCUGAUUUGCUUGAAAUGCUCUGUGUUAUUUGAUGCAUUUGAUACAUUCUGUGAUCUGCUUGGCUUGGCAAGUUCCAGAAAUCUUUCUCAGAAAUUUGUUUCAUUGUUCGAUUUGGAUUUCCUUUCUCUGUCUCUCUCCCGCUGCUAAUAUUAUUGAAAAAAACCUCUGCAUGUUUGCUCCUUGAACUAUGACAAACAAAAAAACAAGAGGUUCUCUGUAUCUAUUCAAUUAAAAAUAACUAGCAACUGAGCCAAGAAUCGCAUUAUUCCUGAUUGAAACAUGGAGGAGCAUUCAAGAUCGUAUCAGAAUUAUCUUGCUGCAACAAAUCAGAAAAGAACAACAGGACCUGACCAAGAAUUCACAGAGCUCCAAUGGAAGAAUGGAAAUGUAUUGAUGCAUAGCUCAACUCCCAGAAGGUGUCCAACCAGCAUCACUGAAGUUAAAGAAGAUCCAAAACCACUUGGGAAUUCAACCCCCCAAUCCUCAGCUAUGGAAGAUGAGAUAGCUUCAUUGUUCCAAUACCCACCUUAUGAGUACUUAGAGAAAGAGUUUGGUUGUGAUUUCUUAUGUGAUUUUCCAAAUCCACAGACUCUUAUUACUACUGAUAAAUCAAACAAAAGCAUCAACAAUGAAGGAAAUGCAAUUCCACGUUUAAAUCUUCCUCACAAUCAGAACAGAUUGUCUCCUCCUAAAUCUUAUGUUCAUGGCUCUGCACAACAAUAUGUCUGCCCUGAGAACAGUAACGUUAUUGAUUUCUCUCACUUGUCAAAGCCAGGAAAGAUUGGAUUGUCAAAUAAACUGCAGAAGAAAAUUCAUUCGGCGGGAGGAGAAUCUUCUUCAAUGAUGACAACAGAAUCUAGCAUUUGUGGAAGCAACCAAGUUCAGAAUUGUGUCAAUCUAACUAAUAGCUUGAAUAACAAAACAACAACCGGUUUGCCUCCGAAAAAAUUCAAAAAAUGCUUGGAGAGAAGCUUUUUAUCAGAAAGGGUAAGGACAGAUACGUUUGAAGUGACUGGUACUUCAUCAUCAGGUGGGUCUGGAUUUAGCAUUAGAGCAACUCCACAAGAGAUGAACAACCAAAGCUAUAAAAGAAAAGGAGUAGAAAUGGAAGAAUCAUGUAGCUUGAGUGAGGAAGGAGACUACGAAUCUGCGGAUGGAAAGAAGCCAGUUCAAAGAUCCCGUAGAACCCGAGCUGCUGAGGUUCAUAAUCUAUCAGAAAGGAAAAGAAGAGACAGAAUCAACGAAAAGAUGAAAGCAUUACAGGACCUCAUACCACAUUGCACCAAGUCAGAUAAAGCAUCAAUGUUAGAUGAAGCAAUUGAAUAUUUGAAAUCACUUCAACAACAAGUUCAGUUAAUGUGGAUGGGAAGCGGCAUGGCAACAAUGAUGUUUCCCAGCAUUCAGAAUUUUAUGGCUCAAAUGAGUAUGGGGAUUGGCAGAGGUCCCAUGCCUACAUUGAAUAAUUUGGUUCAAUUACCAAGAGUUCCACUAGUAAAUCAACCUAUGCCCUCAGUUGUAGCUGCAAAUCAAAUGCCAAUGUGUCCACAACCCUUCAGCCAUUUGAGGUUUCCAAAUCAAAUGAACAAUUCUCAGAUGCCUGAAUCAUUUCCCCCACACCUUGGCUUCCAUCAUUUACAGCCACCCCCACAGGCAAUGAAUUUAUAUACAUAUGGAUCCCAUUUAGCGCAGCAGAAUCAGAUGGGAGCAAUAAAUAGAAGCAGUAACUUGCCGACUGAUGGAUUACCUCCUGAUAACUUUCAAAAUGGCAAAUAGGUGACAAUGUGAACUUUUCUUCUUCUUUUUUUUUUAGCUUUCAGAUUUAGAUUGGCAGUUUUCAAAUUGCUACUUUUCUACCCAUUAAUGUAUUGAAAUGGAAAUAAACUUUUGCACUGUCUGCAUGCAAAUUGUUAUAUUUCUGCUGAAUGAAAAAAAAAAUUUCUUCUUCUA